AUGCCCUCUGUGAAUCGCUGGCUCCGCGGACAGCGCAGCAACGGCGGCCUCCCGGCGGAUGAUGCCCCCAAACGCCGCCACUCACCCUUCGUCGUCUUGGCGGUCAAACUUGAACAGUCUUGCGGAAUGUCGGGGCGGGCUUCGUCCCAGGGCUCAUCCCGUCAAUGCAAUCAAUUGGAGGUUGCGCCCAGCUCGGCCAGGAAAACAUCGACCCUCCGAGUACAAAACCCAUCCAUCUGGCCUGCCUCCCGCAAGGCGCCCAAGCGCAUCCGUGGGAGGGAGCGCGAAGCAGGCUCAAUCAAGAUAUCCCUAGCAGUUAGAUAG